AUGAGUCGAAACGUGAAUAAGGCGAACUCUGUUCUUGUGCGAUAUCAAGAGGCUGAAGCAGCUGCGUCAGGAGGAUAUCAGGACUUUUCUCGGUUGAAAAGGCCUACUCGGAUUAAUAAGGUAGACAAAUUAGACGAGGCAAUACGAUGGAGGAGCGAACUUGUGAAAGAGAUUGGACAGCGGAUUACACAGAUUCAUGAUCCGUCCUUAAAUGAGCAACAGAUACGAGAGCUUAAUGAGGAGCUAAAUAAGCUUUUCGAAGAGAAGGGACGAUGGGAUUUCCAUAUCAAGAAUAGACUAAAGGGACCGGAUUUGAAAAAGAGAAAGCAGUUGAACACUACUGGAGGCACGCUUCUAAAGGGGACGAGGUAUUUUGGAAGAGCUUUGGAGUUGCCUGAGGUUCGUGAGCUUUUGAAGGAAGAAAAAGAACGAAGGGAAAAGCACAAAAGUGCGAAGGAAAAGGACUUGGAGUUGCAAAAGAAGAUACAACGAUGGAAAAACACGUUGAGAGACGAUAAUUACUAUAUGUCAUAUGGGGCUGAAGUUAGAGUGUACGAUGAGGAAAGACAGAUUGAGAUGCUUCGUUCAAAGCUUCCGAACAAUGAUAAUAAACCGUUGGUUGAAAUUCCUACAUUGCCCGUUCCUUCAUUGAAAGAUAUCGAAAAAUGGCUUGUGCAGAGACGGAGAAAGGAACUACAAAAACAGCUUGAUUUAUAG